UUUAAUUGCUUCCAGAUGCCCUACUUUCUCCUUCAGAUCCUACCAGGUAAAUUAACUCAAGGGAUAAGCGGGAAGGGUGAGGCCACUGAUCUUAGUUCAUGCUCCUCCCAUCCACACGCCUCCACCUGCACCAGAGGCGCCUUGUGCUGCAUAAAAAGGGGACCCGGGAGGAACUGUGUAUCUCAGUCCAUCAUCUCCUCUCUGAGCAAGCAGGCAGGCAGGCAGGCAGGCAGGCAGACACUACCAGUCAACAUAAUGUCAAACUUCAGCAGGUCCUCGCUAACUAGCCGCUCCUACGCGGGUGGAAACCUGGUCGGCGGUAUUCGCAGGGGCCAGGCUUUGAGUGUUUAUGGAGGAGCAGGUGGAAGCGGCGCAAGAAUCUCCAGCAGCAGUUUUAGCUCGGGAGGUGGUGCAGGUUACGGUGGUGGUGCAGGUUACAGCUUCGGCAUGGGAGGUGGUGCAGGCUUCGGCAUGGGCGAGGGCCUGGAUCUGCAUGUCAGCGCCAACGAGAAGGCCACUAUGCAGAACCUGAACGACCGCCUGGCCUCUUACCUUGACAAGGUUCGCAGCCUUGAGAAGGCCAAUGCCGACCUGGAGCUGAAGAUCCGUCAGUUCUUGGAUAGCAAGGCCUCCCCCGCUGCCCGCGACUACAGUGCUUAUCAGAUCACCAUCAGCGACUUACAGGGAAAGAUCCAGGAUGCCACACGUAUCAAUGGAGGCAUCUACCUGGCCAUUGACAAUGCAAAACUGGCAGCAGAUGAUUUCAAAACUAAGUAUGACAAUGAGCUGGCUAUGCGUCUGUCAGUGGAGUCGGACAUUGCCGGUCUGAAGAGAAUGUUGGAUGAGCUGACGCUGGUCCGCUCAGACCUGGAGAUGCAGAUCGAAGGCCUCAAGGAUGAGCUUGUCCACCUCAAACGUAACCACGAGGAAGAAUUGGCAGCCAUGAGGCUACAGAUGACUGGACAGAUCAACGUAGAGGUAGACGCCAAACCACAGGCCGACCUGAGCAAAAUCAUUGCUGAGAUCAGAGAGCAGUACGAAAGCAUGGCCGCAAAGAACAAGAGAGAUUUGGAAGCCUGGUUCCAGAGCAAGAGUGAGGCAUUGAACAAGGAAAUGGCUGUCAGCACAGAAACUCUCCAAACCUCCAGAUCGGAGAUCUCAGAGAUCCGUCGCACAUUGCAGGCCUUGGAAAUCGAACUACAGUCUCAACUUAGCAUGAAAGGAUCCCUGGAAAACACGUUAGCCGAAACCGAAACCCGAUAUUCCAUGAUUCUCCAAGGACUCCAGUCACAGGUCACAGCUCUUGAAGAACAACUGAUGCAACUGCGUGCCGAGAUAGAAAGCCAGAGCAGAGAAUACAACAUGCUCCUUGAUAUUAAGACCAGACUUGAGAAGGAAAUUGCAGAGUACAGGAGACUUAUGGAUGGCGAGGGCAGCAUCGGUACGACCAAAAGCAGCACCACCAAGGUAAUCAUGGUCACAGAGGAGUUGGUGGAUGGCAAGGUGGUCUCCUCUACAACCACCUCCGCAUAAGAUGCCUUAUCCAGCAAACAACAGCCGAAAGCGGUGUGAAGCCUAAAGGUUACUCUGUCAUUGCAAACCAACAAAAUGAUUGGAUAAAAGGCUCCCUGUCUGCCGACUUA